GAAGCAGCUUUGGUGCACACAGCCUUCCCACCACUGCUCCAUCAUGUGGCAUCCAAUCUCCUGGACACCACGUGCCCAGUGGUCACCAAACCACUUAAAGCUAGUCACUGUCUAUGUCCUGAUGCUCUUGGUGUCACUCAGCUUUGCUUCGGGACAGAGCAGGCCAUUUAAACAUCAGAUAGACAACAGAAGUCCUGAGAUUGACCCUUUUUGGUAUGUAGGCCGUGGUGUUCGCCCCAUCGGUCGCUUUGGGAAGAGACAGCUGAGAAGCAGCCGUGGCAGCCUGAGGCCUGUGAGCAGACACCCGGAUUUCAUCUUGAAUGCUUUGUGGGAGCAAAAAUCAUUGGACACAGAGGACAGUGACUGGUGAUCUCUGUUGCCCAGGUUGGCAACCCAACCUCUGUUCUUUGAAUUGUGCCCUCCCCUGCACCUCAGACCUACAGUUCUGCUUCUGCCUAGCAAUCUCAUGCUGCUCUUCUUUCUGCUCCUUGUGCAAGUACCUUCAAAAAGAAACAUGUUCAGGGUGCCAGUAAAAGACAAUGCAUGGACACCAGCACUGAGUGCCACCACUGGUUAUAAAAAUGUUUCUUCAUUGUGCAUCCCCAUCAAUCUCCUGAUCCUGUUCACUGCUAGGAUCGCUGUUAAGUUUGUCCAAAGCCCACACAGCUUUUGGGCUGGAAUUUAAACUCUGCAGUGUUAAAUGUAUCAUGAAACCUUCCUGUCAGAUUUCAAAG